AUGAUUAAUAUUUGCCGCCUGGUUGAUACCAAGAGAUUCCUGGUGGACCUUGCAAAGUGUGCCAUCGCCCUUCGCCGCCAAAUAGGGGCAGCCGUGCACCGCGGGGUUGCGAUGCAAACUGGGCAAACACAUGCUGAUAUGCAGCCGACGGUGGCAGGACAUCUUUGCGUUGCUGCCCAGCUUGAGUCAUCGGGCCCGACGGCGAUGAUUGGCAUAGGUAUCUGGAUAAAGAAGAAAAAAUUUUCAAGUGGGUACGGCCAGCGUGUCGCAUCUGGAGGAAAUUCAGUAAAAAUUUUUAUUCCUCUGCUGCACCGUAGGAAGAGCGAUAAAUAAAGGACAAAAAUAUGGACAAAAUAAAAAUUCUGCGUUUGGCCCCGCCCAACACAGUGGGGCGACCGGGCGCGUACGGCCAAUGGUGUUCCCGCGCCACAGAAGGGCUUUAACCUGGCUGCUUAGUCGCGCGCUCGCUUGCCCCUCCAUAAAAGGCCUCCCCCUCCUCCCCUCCCACAAAUUUUUUUCUUCCCUUCCCUCUCUUGUCCG